AUGAGAAUUGGUUGCUUGCAGUUCGCGCCCCAGGUGGGAGAUGUCGACAACAACCUAAAUCGUGCAGAUGCUGUCCUCUCGAGAGCAAAUCCCGAUGAUUUAGACGUUUUAGUUCUCCCCGAGCUGGCUUUCUCUGGGUAUAACUUCAAGUCGCUGCAAGACAUUACCCCAUUUCUCGAACCUUCUGGCUCUGGCAUCACUUCUCUCUGGGCUAGAACAAUCGCACUCAAGUACAAUUGUGUUGUUACCGUCGGUUAUCCCGAAAAAGUCGAUGUUUCGCCAAAAUGGCCUACUGGCCCUGAAUACUACAACUCAGUCAUUGUCGUCAAUGGAGAUGGCGAGACGAUCGCAAACUAUAGGAAGUCUUUCCUAUAUCAAACCGACGAGACAUGGGCGUUGGAAGGAAACCGGGGAUUCUACGAUGGCUUCAUACCUGGGCUUGGAAAUACCAGUAUCGGCAUUUUGUCCAUGGCAUGGAUGACUAGAGAAGACCCGCGGCGGUUCACUCGUAUGCCCAACGAACCAGACAUGGAAACUCUGACAUACUGGGUUACACGACUCGAACCCCUUAUCCGUUCAGAUAACCAAGAUGAAAUCGUCGUCGUCUUCUGCAAUCGUUGUGGAAACGAGGAUGAAGUUUUAUAUGCCGGAACCAGUGCAGUUAUCGGAAUUCAUGAUGGCGAGGUCAAGGUUUAUGGCCUUUUGGGACGCGGAGAAAAGGAAUUGCUCGUGGUCGACACCAACAACUCACCGUACGCUAAGCUCGUAUAUCGGCCAGAAUCCGGAGGAUCUGGUAUGGAAGCCCCGGGACAUCUCGAACAAUCGGAGAAACCGGAUGAUGACACGGGAAAGAAGAAUGAUCCAAAGGCUACACCAAGCGACAAUCCUCGCACCAACCAGACCAGCAACAAAAGCCUUGGAUCCCCAAGUUCGAAAGAAAAGCCUAAGUCACCUACUGCGCCACUACCACCACCUCCCCAACUUCCUGAAAACCUGGCUCUGAAGUCUCCUGAUACCUCGACAAAAAAACGACACCCACCUGAUAUAACAAUACCAAAAGAGUCGUCAGCCCUGAAGAUGAACUCGGCACGCUCACCGGGAAACGAUAGCAUCAACAUCCCCACACCGUCCGCUCCCAGCCCAACGCCCAUGGCGAUUCGGCCUCGACUAAUCAUCCCCGAAUCGCCUCCCAUACUUCCUCACCAGUACCCUCCAGAUCACCCCAUCAGUGCUGCCUCAUUGAGAUCAGAAAGAUCCAUUCAGUCUGUCAAGUCUGAUCAGUCCGAGGCUUCAACCAAGACUAUUCGCACAAAUCCACGACCACCAGAAGAGAGCACACCUUAUCCAGAUAGUGGGGCACCUUUGAGUGGUUACCCUGAGAACUUUUUUCCCUCAGAGAAAAUUAUCUACGGGGGCCAUGUGACCAUUGAGAGUGCAGGACCAUUCAGCCCGAAUACUCCAUUUGAAGACAUAUCGCCAAUCUCGCCUGAGCAGUACUAUUGGCGACCAUCUGAAAACAUGAUGAGAACGCCGUUAUCUGCAGGUGGAUGGACACCUGGCACACCUAUUGGAAGAAGGGCAGAGCCAUUUCCGUGGCCUGCUAUAACAGGGAAUGCACAUCCUCCAGAUCGUAACAACAAAGAGCGGAUGAGAGACAAUGCCACGCCAAGAGAUUUUCGCCAUCUUCAUUCACAGUCCCCUCAGUCCAACUCAUCAUCCAACAGAACUACCAAGAGCGAAAAGUCCGCACGUUCAGUAUCAUCUGUCAACUCCAAGGGUACCGUUCAGGGCUCUGUGAAGGAAAAUAAAUCGCUCGCGCGACCCUCAUCCCCAAAAUCUCGAAAUGCUAGCCGCUCAAGGAGGCAUGAAAGGACUGGGUCUGCACUUGGUGACCGGGAAACCAGUGCUGCAAUCUCGCUGCACCUGGAAGGCAUCUCCCUGCGAGCUGAAUCAGCAAGCCGGAUGAGAGCAGGUUCUGCUGCAGGCACCCCUGUUGGCGAUCGUGUUCAAUUGCCCCCGUCUAGGAACAGCAGUCGUCCGCGUAUCGCUGCAGCUGCCAACGCUCAACCUGAACAGCACAUGAUCCGUAUUGGUGCAAGUCCCAGCAUUCUCAAGGAAGAUCAACAGAACCAAUAUCAGUCUUUGAACCGCGCGACGUACCACCAGCGGAGCAACUCUUUCGUAUUGAACCGAACUCCCAUUCCAGGUAAUGACCGUUCUGAUACACCCAAAUCAGCGAUUGAGAUGGCUCGCCCAGCUUCGCGUGCUGCGAGCAGAGGGCGAACACCAGGACCAAAAAGUCUCGCAACAAACGGGGUCAUUGAGUCGAUCUCGCCUGUCGCGGAAAGAGCUUCUUCUGCAGACUCGACGAGGAAUGAUAGGCUUCAUAGCCGUGUUCAUCAAGAAGGAGUAGGAACUCGAUCGUCUCGGACAGGCAGAACCUCAUCUGUUAACACGGCGCGGCGUCGGUCCGACGAAGGCAAUACAGUGGAGUUUGAAAGGGUUGAGGCCGUGAUUUGUCCAAGCUGCCCUGUUCAUGGCCGGCGACCCUCUGCUAAUGGUGAACAAGGCACUGAGCAUCCAGAAUCUGCGCCUCAAUCACCUCCCAAAUCGUCCCCUGUCCCUAGGCCGGCCUCGAGUGCUGGUCCAUCUCGUCAUCUUCAACCUGAGCCGGCAGAAGCUCGCCGGGCAUCAUCAGGUGACACUGGUCAGCUUGUCUUUGAGAAACCUAUCCCUGACUUGAAUAAUGACACUCAGUCAUGUAUCCAGAAUGAGGCUGCCGAGGCCAGUGAUUGCGGCUCUUUUGCAGAGACACUUCAAACCAUUUCGACACCCGGCCGGUCUCCUGCGACGCCCUCCUUCAACCCAUCAACGCCCAAGGCAAUGAUCCUCAACACGAACGAGUUGGAUAUCGAACCACUGUUUGGUGGUAGCCUGAAUGGCCCUGAGAAAACACCGACCUCCCAAUGUGCUGAAGUUCGGGACACAUCUAGUGUGUCUCCAAAACCAGUGGCCUAG